AUGGCGCUUCAAGAACAGUUCCCCCCUCCUGAAGACUUCCUUGGCUUAGAGAUAAGUCCUAUGGAAUUGGAAAAAACCGCUAAACUAAUCAAAUACUACCUUAUUCUCCUUGCGUCUGAAAAAGCACAGCGCGCAGCAAACUACCAACCCUCAGACUGGGAAUUACUUACCCCAGAAGAACAACGCGCUCGAGCUAUCAAACGCGUCGAGAUCCGAGAAGAAGAAAGGAUAGCCAAUCUGUUGCUCUGGAACUCAGUCAAACGAGACCACAAAGCUAAACGACGCCUACUUCUAACGGAACUCAGAGACAAAAGACUCGCUAGAAUGUCAGCUACCUCCAACUCCAGCGCUGCGACCACCCCAGCCGCCGGAACUACUCCUACCGCUGAUACUGCGGCUAACAGUCCUAACACAGGUCGAACAAUCCAGACCUCCACGGCCCCUUACCCCCAGCCACUCGACCGCGGCGCGGCCAAUCAGCUGGAGGAGCGCGUCAAUCGACUGAAACUGAUCACCAUCCAGAAAAAGAUGGCGCCAGUCUCAGUCGAGAGACCGACCGAGGGGACAUUGGCCGAGAACGGCUUGAUACCGACCGGCGAGACUCCAGCUACGGCUCGAAUGACUCAAACCGCGGCGAAGACUACCAUGACUUCAGUAGAGAAAGCGCCGGACGCGAUGGAUAUAGAUCCUUGAGCGUCGAGCUCCUCGGCGGAUAUCCAGC